AUGGGCUUUGGAUCCGGUGGGUCGGAGCAUUGGUUGGGAUUAGGUGCCUCCACUGGGAGUUUCAGUGCGGUUGACAGGUCCCGGGAAGCAAACGUACGUCGCGGACUCAUACACUUACUAAGUGCGUUAGGCGGGGGUGUUAGGAGGCAGCCGGACUUCGGGUCCUGUGAAAAAGUGUGGGACGACCUAGCCGGAUUGUUGGUGCGUCAGUUGAGUCCGGAAGUUCUCUCCAAAUUCCUGACUUGCCUCGUCGACAUCGCGCGACCCGAAGGGAUAAACGACCAAUGGUUUCUGGCGUGUGUAAUGGAGGCCAAUUCCGACAAUGAAGGCGACGCACAAUGGCUCAGCAGCCUAGGCUUCGCCAUCGAUUUCUCCUCUUAUCAACGUGUCUUUUACGUCCCCGACGAAGACCCGCCAAACAACCUGUCGACCAACCUGCCAAACAACAUUGAAGACGGUCGACAAGCUGAUACACAGUUGCAAGAGCGCGGGCGGGUGAAGGUCCUAGAGGACAUCAGAAGCAGCGAUCGUGUGUUUUACGCUGCGUGCAACUCGCGAAACGCAGAUGACAGAUGUGGACUAGCAACAACUCUCGGAGUGCCGUCUAAGCCUGGGUGUUGUGGUCACGUAUUCUACGUGCCUAUUGACAACAGUGUGCACGACGACAAUGUGCUUGUUGAUAGUAAUGAAACCAGUGAGAGCCUUCUUGCUGAAAUGAUUCAGGACGCACUGAACGAGGAUCCCCCGCGACCGAGGGUGAGUAUGGAAGGUGCGAUAGCAGCUAUGUGGAGUAUACAGCAGAUCUUGAACCCGGUGCGAAUCGCAGAACGGAUCGCAGAACGGAUCGCAGAACGGAUGGGAGAAGCAGACCAUAGUGUUUUUCGUCCUGUAGGGCCCUUUUCCGAGGAAUCUUCUUCCCAGGGGCCGAGCGCGAGAGACGAAGGCAUUGCGUGGCGAUGGGGUUUCCUGGCGGGUGUCUUGUAUGACGCGUUGGAUCGGCCCCAAAUGAAAGCUUUGCUGAAGGCAAGAGAGUCAGACACUGGUCGACCUUCAGGCGUGUCUGACGUAUGGUACCUUGCCACGCUUCUUCAACGAUUUGCACCUCCUGGUUCACUUCAACAGUUGGUGCUGGAUCUAGGACUGACGUACCACAGUGGACUGGUCUGUACGGACAGACUGUGUGGGGGCCUGGCCCCCGUAUUUCAGAGACUGCCGAUGUCCGAGAAAGCGCGAAAGUCAAUCGUGCUUGUGUCGCAGCUUCGUGAAUGGAUAAAGACGGUAGACAGAGCUAACAUCAACUGGAAUGCUGUAAGUUUGCUAACUGCUAAUAUGUCGGCGUUCAUUUACAGGACACUGGGUGAGCAGCCACUCCACAAGCUGGUAGAGUCUACAAAGAGAAGCCUGAAUGCUCCCACUGACUUGCCUCUUUCCGACCCCUGCUUCCUCAGCUGCUGGCUUGGGGCCCUCGAGGACGUACACAAAGUUUACAACUUCUGUCGAUACUACGGGCUCGUCCCCUCGAACAACGGGGUGCUCACCACACGGCACGAGGGGCUCGACUUCUUCGGACUGCUCCCAGAACUUGGCGCCGGAACUUCGGGAUUCGCCUGCACUCAAACCGCCGAUUUCACACGACCCGACUUUACUUUGGUGCGGCAGAAAAAGAGACCGGAAGAAGACUCGUCGAGCCAAGCUGCAGACAACAAGAAACGAAAAAUUUUCGUAGGACACCUUCCCAGUCCCAGACCGUGA